UUUUCGGCCCAGCGACCACCUUGCUCCACGCUAACCCUAAUCUGUGGGGAUGAAAAAUGUGUUUUCUUCGUUACUUUUCGGGGAGACGGUGACGAUCGAGUGUCCUCACUGUUUCUGUAACAGAUUAAUCAGAUGCACACUACGAGUUCUUUAGUUCGCUGUUUCCAUCGGUGAUAUCGGGUAUAAAUGGUCCGGCAGGUGUUCAUCCGUUGUGGAGGCUAGGCUGCUGCGGUUCUGGGAGGCUAGGAAUGUCCAUGGCGGACCAACUGACAGUCGAGCAGAUCGCCGAGUUCAAGGAAGCCUUUAGCCUCUUCGACAAAGACGGACAUGGUUGCACCACUACCAAAGAGCUGGGAAUUGUUAUGUGUUCUCUAGGACAAAACCCAACAGAGGCCGAGCUACAAGACGUGUGAUCAACGAGUCGACGCAGAUGGAAACGGCACCAUCGACUUAAUGUCACAAUGGGGGACAUGGCGAAAGAAAAUAACAAGCUGCACGAUGAAUUUGCAUCUACUUUCGCCACACCGAAUGCUAACUUUGUCACUAGGACUAAUGAACUUCACUCAGCUGUCAAUGACUCGCUGAUGCAAGACCGUGAGAACAAAGAAGCAACGGAUGCUAUAGUGACAACUUCAAUGAAGCAGGUCACGUUAUUGCAAGAGAAGCAUGGACAAGCUGUAUCAAACAUUAGAGACAAAGCAGAACAGUCUCUCAUAAAAGACUAUCAGGUUGAUCAGCGCAUGAACGAGACGCCAGAGAAACUAGCUAUAAUCGUGCCAAGCUUGGCGUCAAUUGAGGAGAUGAGGACUUUGUCUCCGAAGAAUAUUCUCAGUGAAGAUGCCUCAAGCAUGGAGAAAAGAUCAGCUAAACAGGGACAAGACGAAGCUAACAACAGAGCUCCAUUCUUGAAAGUAAACAUAUGAUUGAUUUGAUAAAAAGGUGCCCGCUCUGGCAGUUGAGUUCAUCAACUGGAUGAGUCUAGCAGAGUAUGAGUGUGUAAAGGUGAUAUGAUUGUAGUACGCAAGCUUAUUUUGUUCUGGAUUAGUUUGUUGCCUAUGGACCGGUUCAAUUUGGUUAAUCUU